GGGAGCUUUGGAAACCGGCCUUGUGUCUAAAGCACGGGCCUAGCAGAGUGUGUGUGGGACAAUACCUGUAGAGAGCACACUUCAGGGCAGGAUGCAGCGGUGCUGGAUGGCUCUGGCUCUGUUUCUGUGUGGGUCUGCCUGUGUCCACAGAGACUGCGGAAGGGUGCCCUGUGUGGUCAAAGGUCACCCUGAAGACAAGCACCUCGAGAGCUGUGGAGAUGGAGGCAUUGCAGGAAGGCUUCAGCCCCCGCAAGAGGCGUCUGUCUCUCAGGAGCGGCUGGUGGGGUCCGUGGCAGCAUCUGUGCUGCUUACGUUUGUGGUGGGCUUCAGUGCUGGAGCUAUGAGCAGGACCCAUGUGCUCAGAUGCCUCCGUGCAGUGGGCAGAAGACUGGCUCCCCACCACCGUCCACCACCCCCUCGGGUCUCCCACCAUGAGGUCAUGAUGAGCAGCUUGGAUAGCACAGUGCCCCCUAUCAAACCCCGACGCAGCUACAGACUGAACCCACCCACACAGCACACAGUCUACCUGGAGUCAUGUGACAGUGCAGCUUCAGCAGCACAGACAGGAGAGGUGACAAGGGCAGAGGUGACAGGUGCAGAGGAAGAGACAGGGGCAGAGGAGGUGACAGGGGCCGAGAUAACAGGUAGAGAGGAGCAGACAGGGGCAGGAGAGGUGACAGGAGCAGAGAUAACAGGUACAGAGAAGGAGUCAGGGGCAGAGGAGGUGACAGGAGCAGAGGAUGUGACAGGGGCAGAGGAAAUGGCAGGGGUAAGGGAAGCAACAGAGGCAGAGGAGGAGACAGGCACAGAGGUAACAGGUACAGUGGAUAUGAAGGGAGCCAAGGAGAUAGGUGUAGAGGAGGUUAUGUGUGCAGCAGAGGUGACAGACGCAGAAGAAAUGGCAGGUCCAGAGGAGGGUACAGAGAUGACAGGUACAGAGGAGACAGGUCUAGAUCGGGAAGGUACAGAGGAGGCAGGUACAGAAGAGGAGUCAGGAGAGCCCUCAGAUGCAAAGACCAGCAGAGGGCGCCGUGUGCGUGUCAUCCGCCUGUACCAGUAUGACGAGGAGGGCCAAAGGUAUGGACAUCUGCCACGGCCUUCGCUUCAGGAGCCGCGGCCCAAAGUCAAACAGCGCUCCCUGUCACUUAACCACCUCCACACCAUCAUGGCUGCUGCCACUGCAGGGCCCCUGGAGGCCGUGCAGGGGGAAGCCCCAGCUCAAGACUCUACAUCAUAAAGACCACAUGUGUUUGCGCGAGUCAACUCAUUUGCCAUUUCUAAUUCUGCUAUGCUGCUCUCUCUCUGUUAUUUUCACUGUUAAAUACAGAACAGUCAGUCCAGUGGCACAAAAUAGACAAUUCACCAGUAUACCUAGAAAAAAGCCCCAUUUUCAGCCACAUCGUGCCUCCAUAGGCCGUGUCUCAAUUCGUCAAAUGCACCUUUUGAAGGUACUCCUCGAAGUACUCCUCAAAGUAUAGUUUGAAGCUUCCGAAUGAGAAUGUGUACUCCUCAGUGUAGCCGCCAUCUUGCUGAAGUGGGACAGGCCUACACCACGGACCGUACUUCCACCGCUGUCUUUGAGCAUACAAUACGUACAUUACGUACGUUAUUUUUAAUUAUUUAUUAUUUAAUAGAAAAAAAGUCAAGAUGUC